AUGAACGGUCAAGAGAAUCAUCACACCACGGAUGGCCCCUAUUACAAUGUCACCAAGACAUCCCAGGCAGGAGACAAGAGGAAAAGUGAAGAUGACGGCCCUCCCGAAUCUGACAAGAAGACAAAGCGAAACCGAUAUAUCUCCAUUGCUUGUAAUGAAUGCAAACGCCGCAAAAUCAAGUGUAAUGGACAGAAUCCUUGCCAGCGAUGUGGCAACUUGUCUCUGGAGUGUGUCUAUGCUCCCAACUGUGCGUGCUCUGCCGGCUUUAAGGACUCACCGGAGUAUCGUGCCAUGAGUGCCCAUAUCCAGUCACUGCAGGAACAGGUCAACAUCCUCUAUGCUAACCUCGAAGCUCUGCGCAAUGGGCAGGGGUAUAUUACCCAGCCAAACCAUGCCCAGGAACCAUUCCCCUUACAUCCUGCUCUUGCUCACUCGGACUCCUCGGGGCCAUAUCGGAACGCUUCAUCGCCCUCACAGGCUCACGGAAGCCAGCCUCGUUUCCAGGGCCCCACAAGCUCUGCUUUCAGCUUCGAUGUUGCUCGCUCGAGCUUACAAACAAUGGGGAUAACCGCACCAGAAAUGCAGGAAGACGGAGGAUAUAAUGACGAUGAGAUGACUCCCAGAGGUUCACCGCGCCAGCUCCAAGCCCCAAUAGCCUCAAUGACGGUGCAUCCCAACAAAGACCCAUUAUGGAAGAUAGGCAAAGAAGAAGCGAUCAGGCUUUGCCAUGUCUACGAGGAAGAGAUGGGUAUCAUGUAUCCUAUAAUCGAUAUGGAGAAAAUUAUUACACAAGCGAACAUAUUGUUCACUUUCACAGAGGCAGCAGCGCGAACAGGCCUUUUGAACGGAGCCAUGUCCGGCCCUGAUCGGCUCGCGAACAACGACGUCAAUAUUCUCAAGAUGGUGCUGGCUAUUGCAUUGAUUGUGGAAGGAGGGGGUCAGAGUGACCUGGGAACGAUGCUGUACGAGAGUUGUCGAGAAGCUUUCGAAGGACGAUUGUCAGGCCCGGUCGAGAUCAAGGGCCUGAUUCUCUUAGUACUUGUGGCAGAGUAUCAUUUUCAACAGGAUGAGGAAGUCCAGGCUUACCGAAUCAUUGGUCUAGCAUCCCGUCUAUGUCUAGAGAUAGGUCUGCAUGGUCGUCAAACCAUCGCGAAGAUCUUUCCCAAUGGUGAAGACCGAUCGUGGGCUACCAAACUUUUUUGGUCAAUCUAUGUUUUAGAUCGGCGGUGGAGCUUUGGUACAGGGAUGCCUUUCGCUCUGCAGGACGCGGACAUUGACCCUCACUUGCCGCAGCCGGACGACUCGACCCCCUAUUUAACCGCUAUGAUCGCGUACAGUCGUAUCUCAUCCCAAGUCUGGCGGUCCACCACCAAAUUUGAAGGCCCCGGCAGUGAGAUCAACAAAGACGGCAUUGGCUAUCUCGAUUUUCAGAUCCUGCAAUGGCACAAUAACAUCCCCGAGAGCCUCAGGUUCCGUCAAGUGGACAAUGCCAUGGAUACCAACCCUACCAGUCGGGGACAACGUCGUCUGCAAGUGAUCCUCAUAUUGCGGACAAAUCAGAUGCGGGUGUUAAUCUACAGACCUGUUCUACACUCGGCUACGAACAUUAUGGAAAAUAGGAGCUACGCUCAAACCGUAGUGGACGUGGCUAAGGACACGAUUAGGGUGCUGACUCGCCUGAACGAGACUACUGACAUCUACCGCACGCAACAAGUCUGCUUCAACUACUUCCUCAUCUCAGCACUAGCUGUACUUUUCCUCGCGGUCGCGCAUGCGCCUGUGGAGUUCAGUCGUCAAGUCAGAGAUGAAUUCUACAUGGCCCUGGAUCUCAUCAAAGGAUUUAGUGCGAAAUCAUACAUCUCGAAGCGCCUUUGGAAAAUGAUCAAGGGGUUGAAGGAGGUUGGACCGAAGCUUGGAGUCAUCUCGCGCCAAGCACUGACCGAUCCGGACGACGCUCACUCCUCGGCGGCAGUCGCCAUGGCUGGUCUAGCUGGCCAUCAAGUUGAUCGGGUGGCCGCGUUCACUUCAACUCAGCAACCGAGUUCGCUGGGCAGCAGUCCCUUGGACGGCCAGCAGAUGAAGGAUGAAUUGACCAAUCUGUUUGAAGCAGCAGGUGGUUACGGCAAUAAUCUCUUUGCAAGUAAUCAGGCCUUGGAUGGAGUGAGUGGCUUCGUAGGAUCUCAGGGAGAGAUGGUUCCUGCAACAGGGGGCAUCAGUGGAGUCUAUGGCAAUGAGGGGGAAUUUUCGAGGAUUAUGGAAUACCUCUUUUAA